AUGAAGGUGUCGGUAUUCUUACUAUUCGUUUCUCUAUUUUUGGCAACUAACUGUUUAUCGUACCCGCAAAGAACAGAUCCAGUCAGAUAUACAAAUAACCAUAGUGCCUCAAAAAUUGUAAGCCACGAAAAUAAUAUUGGAUUUGGAAAUUAUAACUUUUCUUAUGAAACCAGCGAUGGAUCCCAUAGAGAAGAACAAGCAGAAUUAAAAAAUCCCGGAACUGAAAAUGAAGCACUGGCAGUUCACGGAUCUUAUACUUAUGUAGGAACUGACGGAGUGACAUACAAGGUUACUUAUGUUGCAGAUGAAAAUGGUUACAGAGCCUCUGGAGAACACAUUCCUAAAAAUUAA